AUGGUGAUGGAGACAGAGGGUGGGCGUUUGUCGGCUGGUGAAGCCGCCGAUCGGCUGCAGGGAUGGCACGGAUCAUACUCCAAAUCUAGAAGGCACGCAGCCAACUUCACCUCACCUUUCACUCCGUCAACCUCACGCAAUGCGCGUCACAAGACUCAAUCCAAUGAUCAGAUGUUUGCCAUCGACUCUGUGUUCGGGCUCAAUCGAGCACGAUCCUUCGACAAGUUCCUCCUUACCGCACGCGAAUCAUCGAAGCGGUGUCCCGACUUGGACGUGAAUCCGACCACGAUGGAGAAAGAGCUUCGAAGACGGGGAGAGGAGCUGCUUGAAGGCGUGAGAAGCUGUUCUGAAUCAGUCUAG